GGCCCUCAGGCAGCGAUGCCCAGCCAGGACGACCCCAGGCUGGACCCCGGGGAAGCGGGGUCGGAGCCCAACAUGCUGCUGCGGAAGCUGAGGAGUAACAUCUCUAAGAACAUUCAGAGCAAAGUGGAUUUCAUCCUGCAGGAGGUUCAGCGUUUCUCUGACAGCGACAAGCUGUACCUGUACCUGCAGCUGCCCUCAGGACCGGGCCUGGCGGAGAAGAGCGGCAGUGACUCCGGCUCCCUCAACACGUCUGACCAGCUGCAGGCGUGUAACUGGAUCCGGGGCCACCUGGAGGAGCACGCCGACACCUGUCUGCCCAAACAGGACGUGUACGAGGCCUACAGGAGACACUGCGACAGCCUCCAGUACCACUUCCUCAGCGCCGCCAACUUCGGGAAGACCAUCCGCGACAUCUUCCCCAAGAUCAAGGCCCGACGGCUGGGCGGGCGUGGCCAGUCCAAGUACUGCUACAGCGGAAUUCGCCGGAAGAGCGUGCUGAACACGCCCCUGCUGCCCAGCCUGGACCUGAAGAACGACCCGGCGGAGCUGACGGAGCUGGUGCAGACGUACCGGCAGGAGGUGACGGAGGCGGCGUGCCAGCUGAUCUGUGAUUGGGCGCAGAAGAUCCUGAAGCGCUCCUUCGACACGGUGGUGGAGAUCGCCCGCUUCCUGGUGCAGGAGCACAUCGUCAACCCCCGCUGCAGCCAGGCAGAGCUGCUGACCUCCGCCGAGCUGGCAGGUGGCUCCCCGAAGCCCCAUAAGGAGAAGAGGAACGUGGCCCCCUCAAAAGGGGGCGGAGCAGAUGGGGAAGGGGGCGGGCCUGAGGUAAGAGAUAAAGGAGAGAGAGGCGACCAGGUGUCGUCGGGGAAACCGGCUCACGGGGAGAAGCCGGGGAACGGGUCGGAGGGAGGGCGGGGCAAGGCCGGGGUCGGGGGUCGCGACCUCCAGGUGGAGGCGGUGAUGAAGCGCUACCCCCAGCUGCUGCCGCGGGGGCCGGUCCCGGAGAAGGCCCCGCCCCCGGGCCCCGCCCGCUCCUCGCCCCCGCCCCUCGCGCCCAAGGACGCGCUGAAGGUCACCCUGCCCAUCGCCAUGGCGACGCUGCCCCAGCAACCGGGCGCCGCCGCCGCCGUCUUCAACAUGAUCCUGCCCUCGGGCCUGAGCCUGGCCUACCCCGAGGGAGAGACGGCCCUGCCCGUCGCCGUGACGACCGCGCCAACCGCGCCAACCGCGCCUGGCCCCGCCCCCGCCGCGUCGCAGAAGCCCCGCCCCCCAGCAGCUGCCCGGCGAGCUCCUGACCCGCCCCCGAUAGAGGAGGCGGGAGCGACGCCCCCGAAGAAGAAGAGGGGCCGGCCCAGGAAGCCACGCCCCGAGGAGGCCCCUCCCCCUGCCGGCCACGCCUCGGGCGGGGUGAUUCAGAAGGCCCCCUCCUCGCCCUCCUCUUCCUCCCUGACCCAGCAGCCCCCGCUGCAGCUCGUGAUCCAGGACCAGAAGAGGCCCCGCCUCCUGAGCACAGGCCCCGCCUCCUCCCUGCAGGCUCCGCCCCUCCCGGCCCCGGGGGGAGGGGCCUCAGCCGCGACGGACAGCGGCCCCCGGGGCCAGCAGAGGGGAGUGCUGGUGCAGUGUUACCGUGGCGACCCCCGCCCCCACCCGGAGAGCCCGCGCCCGGUCCUGGUCCUCCAGUCCCCCAAACCCAAACCGGGGGUGGGGGGGGCCACGGUGGAGGUGAUCCGACGCGCCCCCAUGGUGAAGAGGGAGGGGCCGGCCGACCCACCUCCCCUCUCCACCCUGCUGGAGGAGAAGGAGGAGGAGGAGGAGGUGAUCAUUCUCACCCCUGUGGACCAGAUCACCACCCCCGGUAGCGUCCCCUGA